CCGCCAUCUUUCAUUUCUUGUUAGGUAAUUUUGUGCUUUUCUUAAUUGGUUAUGUUCAUUUUUGUGCAGUGCCGCUGGAUGUGCUUUUGACGGUUUGAAGGCUUUCGGUUGAUGUUCGCCCGCAUAGCCCGAGCCGCGGCGUCCGACAGAUAAAGCAAGAUGCCGUCCGAAGCGUCGGCCGCGAAGCCGAAGGAGAAGAUCUCCAUGCGGCACUCCAAGCUGACGGCAGCCGAGGCCGCGCUGCUGUCCGGGGAGCUCAACAAGCCCAGCUGGGAGUCCAAGAACGAGGGCAUCCACGAGAGGGUCAGCUUUGAGGACUCCAUCUGGGGGUUUGAUCUUGCUGGCGGCUCGUUUUAUAAUACGCCGUUGAGGGUUACUUAUGUGAAGCCGGACAGCCGCGCGGACAAGGCGGGCAUCCGCGCCGGCGACCGGCUGAAGCGCAUCAACGACAUCGACACGUCCACGCUCACCAUACAGGAGGCGCACGAGAUCAUCAUCGAGAGUGGGGUGCAUCUGCGGCUCGCUGUCACCGCCCCUGAAGAUAUUGAAGAUGCUUACUUCUGCUACGAAGAUCCCCUAGACAACGACGGCUACGACAGUGAGGAAGAGAGACGGAAAGAAGCCGAAAGAGAGAGAAAGCGACAUGUUCAUGCUAAAGUUAGCUCGUACUGGAGCCUGCAGUGGCCGUGGGUGAGCAAGCGGCGCGUCAUCUACCGCGAGUCCAACUGCUUCAUGGUCCCCAGCAAAUACGAAGAUGGCCACAAAGACAAGUUCCUCCAGCCACCUAACCAUGGUCAUAUAGUCCAGGAGGAUAUAUCUCUGGACAGCACGCUCCAAAAUGCAGCCAAUGGAGAUGCGGAUCCUGAAAUAGAAGAUAAGAAUGUUAACCCAAAUACAAAUGAAACAGAUACAAAGCCUCCUGUGGAUGAAAAGAACGCUGAUAAUUCAAGUAGCGCUAUUCCUAAUGACGUAAAACCCCACCAAAACCCUCAAGAAAGUGUAAAUGAGACGAUUCCUAUGGAAACAAAUGAUCUUAAAAAUGAAAAUGUAGGUAAAAGUGAGACUGAUUUAGUAGAAAACGAUGUUGAUAAUUCGAAGGACGAAGACAGUGAAAAUAUUUCAAAAGAAGAAGGGAAAAUUAAUAAUGAAACAAAUGCAAAUAAAAAUAAUGAAGAUGAAAACACUCAAAAUAUUUCAAAAGAUGAAGGGAAAAUCAUUGAUGAAAUACACGAAAAUGAAAACAAUGAAGACAUUUCAAAAGACGAUGAAGACAUAUCUGAAAAUGUAGAUAGUGUGGAAAGCAAACUUGAAUCUGAACUUUCAGAAAAUAUUGAUACAAUAGAAAGCAAGGAUGAAACUGAGGAUACCGAAAAUGUUGAUAAUGUGGAUAGCAAAAAUGAAAAUGAAGCUUCAGAAAAUUUAGAAACAUUAGAAAGUAACAUAGACACCGAAAUUUCCGAAGAAUUCGACAGAAAUGAGGAUAGUAAUGUGAAUGAAGAUGUUGAACCUAUUUCAGAUUCCGCUGCGGAAACACUAGAUGAACCUGUAAAUGAUGAAGUGUUGAACGAAGCGUUAGAAGAUAAUACUGAAACUGCUAAAGGUGAAGAUGAAACUAACUGUGAAAAAAUAUUUGGGGAAGAAGACCCCGAUUCAGAAAGACAACAAUAGAAGGCAAUUUAUUUAUGUUUGUUGUAGAAACCAAAAAGUUUAUUUUAAUUUUUUAAUAUUGACUAGAAAUAUUUUGAAAUACUUAGUAGUUGGUAGUUUUUUUAUUAUUUUUUGUUCUGUAAAAUUAACAUUGCCUUUUCAUGAAAAUUUUUAGGCCGAUUCUUUCAAACGGUGAUUUUGUGAUAUGAAACUUGUGAUAUUAGGAGUUAAAAUAUUAUCAAAAUUUUAUUUUUAUUUUUAUACUCAUCGUAACACAGCUAGCAGUUUUCAGUAUUAACUCGUAAGUUUCAAAUAAAAAUAAAAAUAUUAUGA